CAAAGGCCAAACCCAUCGUUCUACAGAAGGGAGAGAGAGAGAACUGGGAAUCACCAUAGUCAACCACCGCCACCGCCACCGCCACCCGCCACCGAACCCUCCUUAUCCACCUCUGGCGACACCACUCCUGGCAAGAGAGAGGACCAGACUAAUUCGAAAUCGUCGGGUUUUCAGGACUCACGACCACCAGUGCGUACCAAGCUCUCUCUCUCUCUCUCAUAAUGCUCGCUCUCUAUCUCUCUCAUGCCGGAAUGGAGAUUUUUUGAAAAAAAUUACAGGAACAAAACUUUUCCCUCUCUCUCUCUCUCUCUCUCUCUCUCUCUCUCUUACUCUCGCUCUUUACAGGGUUUUGCCACUCGCACCGCACCCAAUGAAGCUCGCCGGGCUAAAAUCGGUCGAAAACGCCCACGACGACUCAGUAUGGGCAGCGACGUGGGUCCCAGCCACCGACGAGCGGCCGCCGCUCCUACUGACGGGGUCGCUGGACGAGACGGUGAGGCUGUGGAGCUCCGACGAGCUCACCUGCGUCGCCACCAACACCGGGCACUGCCUCGGGGUCGUCUCCGUCGCCGCCCAUCCAUCCGGCGUCAUCGCCGCCUCCGCCUCCCUCGACAGCUUCGUGCGCGUCUUCGACGUCGACCACAACAACACCAUCGCCACGCUCGAGGCCCCGCCCUCUGAAGUCUGGCAAAUGCAGUUCGACCCCAAGGGAACCACUCUAGCGGUAGCUGGUGGUGGCAGUGCAUCCGUCAAACUGUGGGACACAGCCGAAUGGAAGCUGAUUGCCUCCUUAUCCAUCCCUCGCCCGGAAGGGUUAAAGCCCUCUGACAAAAGCGGGAACAAGAAGUUUGUCCUCUCAGUCGCGUGGAGUCCAGAUGGAAAACAACUUGCUUGUGGCUCAAUGGAUGGCACCAUCUCUAUCUUCGACGUUCCUCGCGCCAAAUUCCUCCACCAUUUAGAAGGCCACUUCAUGCCUGUCCGUUCUCUUGUGUACUCGCCUGUCGAUGCGCGAGUCCUCUUUUCGGGCUCCGACGAUGCCCACGUUCACAUGUACGAUGCAGAGGGAAAGAGCUUGAUUAAUGCUAUGUCGGGUCACGCUAGCUGGGUCUUGAGCGUUGAUGUGAGUCCAGAUGGGGCAGCGAUUGCAACAGGCUCAAGCGACAAGACAGUGAAGCUGUGGGAUCUUAAAAUGAGAACAGCUUCGCAGUCGCUGACCAACCAUACGGAUCAGGUCUGGGCGGUGGCGUUUCGGCCGCCCAGCGGGACUGGCGUGCGGGCCGGGCGACUCGCUAGCGUGUCGGAUGAUAAGAGCAUAUCGUUGUCUGAUUACUCUUGAUUGAUGUAAUCUGUCUUGUUUAGGAUGAUGUUGAAGAUUCUGCUUUCAUUUCGGAAUUGGUUCUCGUUUUUUUCUCAGCAUUUACUGAUAAUGUAUCAAGGAAAAUUGUUCGGUUCCGAAUUGAUUUUAUCUCGUGCUUAUCUUUCUGUAGUAGUGUUUUGUGUCAUGUAUCAUGAGAUUCUGUUAAUGUAAUCUGGAAAAAAAAUAUGAACAGUUGAGUUA